CAUCAAUGUAACAAGAUGGCGGAGAGUGCGGAACUGAAGCAAAUGGUCAUGAGCCUCCGAGUGUCGGAGCUGCAGGUGCUGUUGGGAUACGCGGGCCGGAAUAAGCACGGACGCAAACAUGAACUUUUGACCAAAGCACUGCACCUGCUCAAAGCCGGGUGCAGCGCCGCAGUGCAGAUGAAGAUCAAGGAGCUGUACAGAAGAAGGUUUCCUACUAAAAUGGUGUCUCCAGUGGACCUGGCACUACCCGGCGUGCACUCUACCAGCAGCCUGUCCUCUGGCCUGGCUCAGCUGGCAUCUCCACUGGCAUCUGCAUCUCCUCUGCUUCCAGUAUCUUUGCUUGGACCCAAACAUGAGCUGAGCCUGCCUCACCUGCCGCACCUGCCUCACCUGCCUGUUCACCCAGACGUCAAGCUCCAGAGACUACCUUUCUAUGACCUGUUGGACGAGCUCAUCAAACCCACUUCUCUCGCCUCAGACAGCAGUCAGCGUUUUCAGGAGGCAUGUUAUGCUUUUGCACUGACACCACAGCAAGUUCAACAGAUCAGCAGCUCCAUGGACAUAUCGGGGACCAAAUGUGACUUUGCAGUCCAGGUGCAGUUAAGGUUUUGCUUAUCAGAAACCAGCUGUCCACAAGAGGAUCACUUUCCUCCUAAUCUCUGUGUCAAAGUCAAUGGGAAGCCCUGUAACCUUCCAGGAUAUCUUCCUCCAACCAAAAAUGGUGUUGAACCAAAAAGACCCAGUCGUCCCAUUAACAUCACGUCUCUAGUGCGACUGUCCACGACGGUGCCCAACACCAUCGUGGUGUCCUGGACGUCGGAGAUCGGAAGGAGUUUUUCUAUGGCUGUCUAUCUGGUGAGACAGCAGUCGUCUGCAGUGCUGCUGCAAAGGCUACGAGCCAAAGGGAUUCGAAACCCAGACCACUCACGAGCUUUGAUAAAAGAGAAACUGACAGCGGAUCCAGAGAGUGAGAUUGCCACCACCAGCCUGCGGGUGUCACUGCUGUGUCCAUUGGGGAAGAUGCGUCUGACCAUCCCCUGUCGCUCCGUGACCUGCUCACACCUGCAGUGCUUUGAUGCCACUCUGUACAUCCAGAUGAACGAGAAGAAGCCCACGUGGGUGUGUCCUGUGUGUGACAAGAAGGCCCCAUAUGAACAUCUUAUUAUUGAUGGACUCUUUAUGGAGAUCUUGAGCAGCUGUUCUGACUGUGAUGAGAUCCAGUUUAAAGAAGAUGGAAGCUGGUGUCCAAUGAGGUCUAAGAAAGAGGUGCAGGAGGUGUCUGCGACUUUCAAUGGUGUGGCAUCAGAUUUGUCUCGGACAGAAGCCCACGAACAGAAAAGGUCAAACGAGAGCAAAAAGAAAGUGGACGUUAUCGAUUUAACCCUCGACAGCUCGUCAGAAGAGGACGAGCCGCCUCUGAAAAGGCCCUGUCCCUCUCUCUCCCCUGUGUCUCCGCCCAUCAACAAGGGAGUUUUAAACCUGCACCAGAGCUCUCCCGUUGCCAGAGCUCCCAGCAUGCCUCCAGUAGAGAACAGCUACAUCCCUCCACCUCCUCCACUCAUCCAGGACUACCGCCACUACUAUCACACCACCAGUGACCUGCCUGAAUUAAACUUCUUCUCCUUCCUUCAAGGUGACAAUCAGCAUUACAACAUGGUCAUGGCAGCUGCCGCUGCGUCCGCCUCCACCUCCGAGGAGCACGAGCUGUUGCUAAGCCGCUUCCUGCCUUACAGCUCGGCUCACAUGAUGCGCGAGCAGUCCGGCUCUCUGGGAGUUACCAACGGCGGCAGUAACAGCGGCAGUAACAGCGGCAGUAGCUCCAGCCUGGUAUCGUCCAGCAGCCUGAGGGACAAAGACCGGGAUAGGGACAUGUCUGGACUCUCGCGCUCCUCUGUGGAGGCUGCCGCUGCCGUAGCAGCCAUUUAUGGAUCUAUGUCGGACGUGAUCUCUCUGGACUAGGACUCACAGGACGGAGUGAACUCUGGAGGUCUGUAAAUAAAGAGAAAGAAGGAUUACAGUGCUAUGUACAGAGAGUAAAUCUAUUUUCCAUUGGACUUAUUGUGUAUAUACACUUAGGACGCUGGUCCUCUGAGUUUCUUCAGUUGAUAUUUUUCUGUGAACACUGAAGACUUUUUCACCUCCCCAUGUGGCCCUAUAAUUAUUCUACCUUUUCUACUCAGUUUGUACUGUUUUGUUUGGAUAUUUCAUGUGAAUGGCAUUACUUAAGUAUAAUGUUAUAAUCCGCACACAUGUAGAAUGUGAAGCACAUGACUGUGUGUAGAAGCGGAUGCAACAAACCCAUGCUUCAUUAUGGUGACUGAUUCAACUUACUGUAGAUUCAUUUUAUUUUUAAAUUAUUUAUGGUUCAAGUUAUUGGGUAGAUGCAGUUUAAUGCACUCCCUCUGCCUUAGACAUAUUCUUCACUAGGUUACAAAAGAUUGUUGUUUUUUCUUUUAAAACGAGUGUUUAAAGGGGCAAAAUGAAAAGAGAGAGUUCAUAAAGCGUUAGGCUGUUUGGCCUGUCACUUUUCCAGAUAAGACUUUGAAGCUCCUUGAGAGGGAGUGUUGGACCCCAGCUCCACACACAAGUGAAGGUGGUUGUCCUCCAUUUUUUUAGAGCAGUAUCAGCUUUGCAUGUGCAGGCGAACUGCCAAACUCAUCUGCUUUACUUUUUGAUACAAAAGACAUUGAUCUUGCUCAGUAUAUUUCCAGCUGCCUCGAAGAUCAGACAUUUUGAACUCCAAGCCAUUCAUUCGUUUUGAACACCACCUUGCAUUAUUUGAGUUGUGCUUAUAAGAUUUAUUUAUUUACUAUAUAUUUUCAGCAUAUGUUUGAUUUGUGAAUAUGCAUUGCUGUCAAUGUAAGUGACUUUCUUUUGUAAUUAUAAAAUAAAUAUUUAAAGAUGUCUGAUAAG